AUGAGUACCCGGGGUACCUUGAUCCCCGAGUGGUUCCACCUCCAGGAGGUGACCACCACCGAUCUGGUGCUUGCCUCUCUCGCCUGGGGUUUCACUCUCGGUAUGGGCUGGAUCACAACAUGGACGGCAAUCCAACAGACGAUGAGUGCCUACCGGCGCCUGGGAUGGACUAUGGUGCACAACGCGUAUAUUUGGAUGAUUUGGGGCGAAAUUACUGCCAGUCUUGGCUUCGGUAUCUUGACAUAUCUCCAUUUGUUUGGAAUCAUCAGGCCCAGCUUUGAAUUUUAUUUUUGUAUCCUCACCCUUUGGGUUAUGCAGGUCCAAUUCCUUCUGCAAAUUAUCAUCAAUCGUUCAGCCAUUCUUUUAACCGACCGAAAGUUCCUUUUCCGAAUCAAGUACGGCACCGUCCUAGUCAUCGGUCUCAUCAACAUCUCAGUGUACUGUAUCUGGAUUCCCGCCCGUCUGCAAAUCUCGCCCACGUGGGUUCACAUCAACGAAAUCUGGGAUCGAUGUGAGAAGGCCAUUUAUCUCCUAGUCGAUGGUGGUCUCAACUUGCUCUUCAUCCGCAUCGUCCGACAGAAUCUUAUCGAACUCGGUCUGCACAAGUAUAACGGUCUCGUCCGGUUCAACAUUUUCAUCAUUGGUUUCUCUCUGGGCAUGGAUGUUCUUAUUAUUGCCAUGAUGAGUCUGCCCAACACCUUCGUGUACAUGCAAUUCCACCCUCUCGCCUACAUCGUCAAGCUCAACAUCGAAAUGUCCAUGGCCAGUCUUAUCGCCAAGCUGGCUCGCAGCUCAGAGCCUGGCGGCACCUCCGACUACUCGCACACUCACUCCCGCUCACACGGCCCUCGCACCGGUGCCGAUAAGAACGCGACCAGGAGAGAACCCGAGCCCGAGCCAGAAUGGCCCAAGGUCACCACCACCAUUGAGAUGAACACGAUGGAUGCGCCUCUGGGCGAUGACAAGUCGGCAAAGGGCCCCUUCAAGGAUACCGAUACCCUGAUUGACCAGGGCGCGCCUUACUCGGUCCGCGUCGAGACUCGCAAGGUUCACAACCAGACUACGACUGUCAUUGCGAGGGGCGGAGAAGGCUCUAUCAGUAGUCGCGGUUCUAGCGAAAACCACAAACCUCAGCAUCAAUAG